AUGAUAUCCUACGGUUCCUUCGACCAACAAAACCAGGUAUUACAUGGAUCUGGACAAUGGGACAUCAUUUCAAACCGAACCGUCCAUCGACUUCUAACACAGAGAAAAAUAUUGACCAGCUCCCAAGCAGCGAUAAAAGAUGUCGAUGGAACUAUUAAUUUAACAUUUAGUCAUGAAGAGCACAUAACUAUCGGAUUAAAUGUGAGUUUCAACUUGACAGUGGGUGAAACUGAAAUCGGUAAUGCUUAGGCAGUGAACGGUAGCGCAAAUGGUACUAUACCAUUUGAAAUAAGGGAUACAUUAUGGAUCGUCAUUCCGAUAAGUAUCAUCUACUCAACCAUCUUUGUAAUCGGGAUGCUUGGAAACAUCAUCACAUGCAUUGUUAUAUCACGUAAUAAGUCUAUGCACACCGCCACCAAUUACUACCUAUUUAGUUUAGCAAUUUCGGAUUUACUGCUAUUGAUUACAGGCGUACCCCAGGAUAUCUAUCAUACUUGGUACAGGUUCCCAUACCCCUUCGGUAACUCUGUUUGUAAAAUAGUAAGCUUUGCUUCUGAAUCUUCCGUCAACGCGACAGUGCUUACAAUAACGGCAUUCACUGUAGAAAGGUACGUCGCUAUCUGCAAACCCUUCCUGUCACACACAAUGUCCAAACUAUCGCGAGCAGUCCGGUUUGUGAUAACUAUUUGGGUGAUUGCUUUUAGCUUUGCCAUUCCACAGGCUUUGUCGAUGCAAAUUGAUACACAAUUUCGUAUGUGUACUGUACGCCACGAACAAACGAAGCAUCUUUUCUUCAUCUCAACUGUGCUCGUUUUUGUCUGUCCGAUGAGUGUGAUAACAAUUCUUUACAUUCUAAUCUGGUUACAGCUGCGACGGUCGAAGGUAAUUCGAUGCGGGACUUAUCGAAGCUCGAGCGUUCGACUCAAGCGCAGCAUUUUCAAGCGCAGUGCACAACGAACACUCGUAACAUUGCACUGUGAUCAAAAUGUCUCACCACUGCAUCACUAUACCGACACUCUGCCAAUGCCACCAUCGCCUUACCUGCACUACGCAAAAAGUUAUCCAGCUAACCCAGUGCGACAGCAUCGAAGAUCGGAGGAAGCAGCAAAAGAGUCAGUUAUGUCGCUUGCCAGACCAUCUCAUCAUAAUCCACACCAGCAACAUAGGAACAGGCAAAGUUUGGUUCCGUCUCAAUAUUGUUCCAUAGGCAGUUCUUCCGUUGGGUUUCGAGAUGGCAGCAGCUCGAUAAGUGUCACCGGCAGUCACCAAAAACUAGAACAACAACUCUCGGGAGCAUCUGAGGACGGUCGAAUAAAUUAUUCCACCCGGGCACACUAUAACAGCACCCGACAUGUGGUGAAAAUGCUUGUGGCCGUCGUCAUAGCCUUUUUCCUAUGCUGGGCCCCUUUUCAUGCGCAGCGACUUAUGGCAGUUUAUGCAAAUGACCACAACGAAAAUAUUGCUAUACGAACAGCAUUUGAUAUUCUUACUUGUGUGUCGGGUAUUCUGUACUACAUCUCAACCUGCAUCAACCCGGUUCUGUAUAACAUCAUGAGCCACAAAUUCCGAGAAGCAUUCAAAGAAUGCAUCGUGGCACUCAAAUUCAAAUAA